AUGGACCUCUCCUCCCAGUUCCAACUCCGCUUCCCGCAAUCCCUGUUCCUCCCGCCGGUGGCCCCGCGCCUCGGCCCCUCCGAGGCCUCCGGCUCCGGCUCGGCCUUCAGCUACUUCCAGGGUCCGCCGACGCUCGCUCCCGCGCUGGGCCGCGGCGCUGGAUCGCAUCUCGCUCGAUCGCUCGCGCAGCCGCCGUUCUUCCCGAUGGACUCGCUCGCCCCGCUCCCGUACUCCGCCGGCCCGGCAGCGGGUGCGGGGGCUGCGGUCCAGCGCUCCCCGCCGUCGCCGGGCUCCGAGCAGGGGCCGUCCGUCCUGCCGCCACGCGGGGCGGGGCAUCGGCGGUCGCGGAGCGAUUUUUUCGUCGGGUUCUCGCGGCCGAACCUGCCCCUGCCAGUGCCACCCACGGCGUCUGCGGCGGACGUGUACAAGCCAGUGGACGCCGCCUCCCUCGACGAUCUCUUCGGCUCGUACAGGGGCAUGGGUGCGCUCGGCUCCUCCGUGGAUGGCGCCGAAGACCGGCACGACCACCUGCGCGGCCCGCGCGCGUGGAGCCGCGCUGACAGCAGCGAGAACGAGGCUGAGAGCUGGGCGACGGGUGGCGGCGCAAGCCAUCCUCGGCAUUGCCGCAGCUUGUCGGUUGACAGCAUCAUGGGGAGCCUCAACUUUGGAGCCCUAGGCCAGGAGUCACCGAGACUGCCGCCACUGUCUCCGGCGGCAGGUGCUGGCGGCGGCCUCUCGUGCACUGGAAAUGGGCCCUCAGGCUGUGCCGCUGCACUCUUUACCACUGAGCUUGCCAAUGGCGAAUUCAGUGAGGCUGAUAGGAAGAAGAUCAUGGCCAGUGAUCGCCUCGCUGAGAUCGCGCUGAGUGAUCCUAAGAGGGUCAAGAGGAUUCUAGCUAAUCGGGUGUCUGCUGCAAAGUCGAAGGAGCGCAAGGCGAAGUACAUGGCGGAGCUUGAGCGUAGAGUUCAGGUGCUGCUGAUGGAGACUAGUACAUUAUCUGCAAAAGUGGCAAAGGAACAGAGAGAUUACGCUGCACUUAAAACUCAGAACAAUGAGAUCGAGAUCAGGCUGCAAGCACUGGAGCAGCAAGCACAGCUGAAAGAUGCUCUGAAUGAAGCACUGAGUGCGGAACUGCAGCGCCUGAAACAUGCUGCUGGUGAGACUAGUGAUCCUCGUGCGCCCAAGGGUUCAAACCAACAUAUGAGCCACCAGAUGAUUCAGCAGCAGCUGCUGCAACUACAGAAGCAGACAUCAGAGCUCCAGCAGGCUCAGCAGCAGCAGCCACAAGAAUAA